AUGUAUGGCCUGGUACUGACAUUUUUUUCAAAGAUUUGUAUGCUUUUUCUCAAGUUUUGGCCCCGCGGCGAGCGGACCACUGGCCCAGAGUCAAAGCCUCGUAGUCAAGUGAAGAAGGCCUUGUGUCAAACAAAGGAUGGCUUUGAGAGUUCUCGUGUGCUCGUAGACUCGCUGCAAUUGCUAUUGUCGACCAUUGCCUACAUCUGGCAUCUUGACUAUAUAUACCAACGUCCACCAAACGGGGGCACGAAAACGAUAUAUUGUCUUCCGCAAAACACAUGUGCACCGAUGCGAAUUGGAUGCGAACACGAUGAAUUUUUUAUUCAACCCUUCCCCACUUUUGCACAAUGUCCCGGCGUGCACCGAGUCCAUGCCCUGAAACGAUGUAUCGUCGUCCGUGAAACGGACGCCCACCACCCUCCAGCCUCCGAAAUCCCUCCUCGAGUUUUCCGACUGCUCCACAUGACCCUGCACGCUCGGCGUUGCCCCCAAGACGACAUAUCGUCUUCCGCAAAAUGGUGGCAUGCCCCUCUCCAGCUUCUAGAUUCGUUCAGAGUCAUCACCGUCUUGCCUUCCCUCAACGCAAUCCAUCGACUUCCGGCGGUCACUAUAUGGGCACGACGUGGUCUUCCCGGAACUCUUCUCUUAUUUUUAAUCGACGUUGUGGGCUGGAACGACUCUUCCCAGGAUGUAUCAACGUCCGAGAAAUCUGCGUGGGAUGUCGUCGAUGUUUUGCCAUAUGGGCGUGUCGUAGGUUUCGGAAAUAGGUUGUUGCCACCUUCCGAAGGUUUAGUACCCUAG